AUGGGAACUGCUGUUGAAGCUUCAAACCAGCUUAAUUCAUUUGAGGGUGCAAAUGUAAGCAGUGUAGAGGAAAAACCUACAGUUGUUUUUGUAUUAGGUGGCCCUGGCAGUGGAAAAGGCACACAAUGUACAAACAUUGUUCGACAGUUUGGGUAUACUCACCUCAGUGUUGGUGAUCUCUUGCGAGCAGAAGCGGAAUCUGGUUCAGAAAAUGGUACAAUGAUUGAAAAUAUGACCAAAGAAGGACAAAUUGUUCCCUCAGAAGUAACAAUGACGCUUCUGCAACGAGCAAUGAAGCAAAGUGGCAAUGACAAAUUUCUUAUUGAUGGUUUCCCUCGUAACGAGGAAAACCGAGCAGCAUUUGAGCAUGGGACUGGGAUAGAGCCAGUAUUCAUCUUGUUUUUUGAUUGCCCUGAGGAAGAGAUGGAGAAGCGUCUUCUUUGUAGAAACCAGGGAAGAAAAGAUGACAAUAUAGCAUCAAUUAGGAAGAGAUUUAAGGUUUUCUUGGAAUCUAGUCUUCCUGUGCUUGCUUAUUAUGAUGCUAAGGGAAAAGUGUGCAAGAUUGAUGCUGCAAGGCCUGUUGAAGAGGUUUUUGAGUCGGUCAAAACAAUAUUUGAACCAAAUUAUGUAUAG